AUGAGUACAACAUAUUGUUGUGAGGAUACUAUUCAACAAAUAUGUGUAUGUUUUCAUAAAAAUCGUUGUUCAACAUUGAAAUGUUCAAAUUCAUUAUUAACUCGUGUUGUUUAUGAUCUUAUACUGACUCUUACUGUGAUUGCUGCUUGUUCAUGUUUUAAUAUAGAUCAAACUGGUACAACAAAUACAUAUGAAUCAUUUGCUGGAUAUGCAGAUGUAUAUAGAAUUUUUUAA